GUGCUACAUUCACGAGUGUUCAAACUUCGCGGACAACUGCGCGGCGCGGCGCGGCUCGGCAGCGUUUCUGCGAGAGAGGGGCAGAGGCGAGGCGUUUUCAAUGCGGUGGUUCGGGUUCGGCUUCAACGCAUUCGGCCAGAUAUGUGUCCGCGAGAAACCGAUUGACGGGGCCGGUAGCGACGUCGCCGGGGAAGUCAAAGUGGUCAGUCCCACAGAGCUCACCGGGGGCUGCUGCUUGGAGACCAGUCAGAUCAGAGCGAGCUGGAGUCGAAGAGCAUCUUUGCAUUUGGUUGGUGACAGCUGCGUGUGCCUGGCGGGUUUCGGGGCAGUCAUCGCCAAUGAGUCCUGUGGUGUUUCGGUGGGAGAGAGCCGCGGGUGUAAAGAUGCCGUCAUCAGUGAAUUGUUCUUGACCCUCGCUUUCCCGGACAGGAUCGAGUCCUGGGACCUCCAGGGGAGAGAGAAGACUCCUUCAUGGAGCAUGGAGAUAAAAGCCCAAUCGGAGAGCUCUGGACCCCUUCUGAAUCUCCCAUUGGUACCUGGGGGUUACAUAGCCACCAAACCUCCCCUCUACCGCUCCUUAUCCCCACACCUGAGAGCCAAGAGUCUGGCCCUGGGAGCAGAGCACGCCAUCCUUCUCUGUGCCACAGGAGCUGUGUACACCUGGGGACUGGGCAGUCAUGGUCAGUUGGGGCACGGAGGCCUCACCUCUGAGGAGGAGCCCACGGCGGUGGAGGCACUCUGGGGGAUGCCAAUGAGCUGUGUUGCUACAGGAGGCUGGCACUCCGUCUGCGUUAGUGAUGGGGGUGACCUUUAUGUGUGGGGCUGGAAUGAGAGUGGCCAGCUUGGACUUCCAUCACGAGGUCUGAGGAAAGCGCCGCAGCAGCAAAGGAGCCAACAAGCAGGAGCAUUGUGCCAAGAUGCCAACGAAUCUCCUGGUGACGAGCCACAAAAGGGAGAGGAACAUGAAGAGGUAUUUAUAUCGAUCCAGGCAUUCCCGGCUCUGCUGGAUGUCACUCCGUCAUGUGAAAUCAGGACAGUUAGCUGUGGCUCCCGCCACACAGCUGCUGUAACAACAACAGGUGACCUCUACACUUGGGGCUGGGGUGAAUACGGCCAACUUGGACACCAGACUUUAACCAGUUCAGAUGAGCCCCAGCGUGUGGAAUUCUUUAGGGAGCAGCAGAUGUGUGUAGUUGAUGUAGUGUGCGGGACGUGGAACACUUUUGCUGCCGUCGUCAAGGAGGAAGUAGCUUGCUCUUAAAAAUACAAUAGAAUCCCAGUGAUAAACAGUGGACUUUAGAUAACAUAUCAGAAGUGUAAAUUGUCACAAUAAAUAUAUGGAGACUUUGGAUUAAAUAUAUAUUGUA